AUGCAGGCCAUCUUCAAGCAACUCUCGCCUCGCCUCGGCAAGGCCGUCACCGGCAAUGGCCCUUCCGUCGCCCUGCCGCAUGCCAGGGCAGCUUUCGCAAGGCCCAUGAGUACCAAUGCACCGGCUCGGACUUGGGCAUGGAGUAAUCUUAGCAGCAAAACCCGCCGCAACAUCGUGGUUGGGCUUUCUCUAGGCGCUGUCGCGGACAGCUAUGUUUGCUAUCGGCAGGGAGGAGAAACUGUGAUCCCGUGA